AUGGUCCGCUCCAGGGGAGGCUGCUCCAAUUGCAAGCGGCGGAAGCGGAAAUGCGACGAGACGCGUCCAGACUGCCGGGCGUGUCAGCGUCGUGGAAUUCAGUGCGAGGGCUACAACACUCCGCUCAAGUGGACCAACGGAAUAGCCUCACGCGGCCGCUUUGCUGGAGCGGCUAUCCCUGACAUUUCUGCUUCCAGCACGGCCUCCGACCAGGCAAGGUUCACAACGGGCAUGCCAAGCGCUACAGGCCCACCACCGCCCACUACCUCCUCUUCCGAAUCCCCCCAAGCCGAAGUCAUGAUGCGGAUCGGCUCCGAUCAAAAAUCCGGAUCCAGCUCGGCCUUGACGGAGUCACCAGGCGCAAGUAAUGACCCAAAACGGCAGCUUUUCAAAAAAUUUCUCUAUUCAGGACUACAUCGCUUGUACACCACAGAGAGCCACAUCUGGCUCCAGUCGCACUUCUCAGCAAUGGCCGACAAGAGCCAAGCUUUCUUUGUCGUCUGCACUGCCAUCCAAGCAUACCUGGACGACGGCUUUUCUGUGACAGCGAUGGAACAUGUUGACCAUGCCCUUCAAAUUUUCCGAGCGGAGUUGGAAGAGAGACACAAUUCACUGGAUGCCUCUACUCUGUCUGCCGGCAUACUUGUUUGCACACUGUGUUUAUUGCAGGCUCGUCCCUGGACCAUGUAUCUUCAGCUCAUGGCUGGUUUAUAUCGUCUUGAUACGACGUUGGAUACCUUGGUGCCGUCUGCCGACCAUGACUUCGCGACACGUCACUCCAUCGAAGUCUUAUCCGUCAUGGACUUGCAGACCUCUGUGAUAGGGAGAUCACACACUAGUAUGGGUGUGUGGCGUCAAUUGCGCAAGCUGCAAGACAGCUGGGAAGGAGGAAGGCUAGGCGGUAUCGAGGUUGUAACAGGACUGCCGAGGUCAUUUCUAGAUAUCCUAGCUGAUAUCAUGGACAGUGAAAGGCUAGAGAUUGAGGCCCGGCUCUGGGCUUGGCCGGGCGAGAUGGGCUUGCAUUUACAAUGCAUUCUCUGGGACUGCUGGAGGUAUACGGCAGUCUUGGAUGCAAGAAGAUUGGAAAGGCUGAAACGCAAAAAGGAGGCCAAAGAGGCACCCCACGCGGAUUGCUCCGAUGGUUGUGCGGAAGGUGUCCCUCUAUCACCCCCGACAGAGCUUGUCAUGUGCCGCCUGAUGGCAUCUAUAUACUCCCUGUUCCGAGCAAUCGAAAUACCGGCAAACCAUCGCCUCCUCGUUCACAAUGGGCUUAUUUAUCCGAUGGUCAUAGCCAGCCUGGAAGUUCCGUUACUAGCUGCGCACCCCGAUUGGAAGCAGCUGAUUAGCGACUUGCGACUUUCAUUCCUCAACAAGGAUUCGUUCCAUAAUAUGAAGAUGAUUGACGAGGUUCUCGACGAGAGUUGGAAGGAGGGUACAGACACUUUUGAUAUUGACGAGGCCGCGCGAUGUAGAGGGGUUGAGCUUGCAGUCUUCUGA